ACCUAACUCUAUUUUGAUGUGAGAUUUUAUUCUAAAUUGAGCAAUUUUAACUGGAUUUAACAUAAAAUGACUUCUCCCGUUAUCAAAUAUGUUGGAAGAACCACCAAUUUUCAAGGUAAAACCUUGUGGGAGAUUGUAGGAAGUUUGAAAAACCUAGGAGUUGGAAGAAUUAUUGUGCGAUCCGUGUUCGAACGCUACCAUGAACCAAGUUUCAUGAAAAUAGUUAAAGUGGAAACUUGUCCUGAUGAGGAACGGCGUAGAGUUCGCAUCUGGGUUGAAAAGACUUUCAGAGGACGUAAACUGCCAACUCUUACGGAAAUCUACCGCACUUCAUAUAAGCCCGACUACAAGCUCAUACCCAAGAAUGAAGAGGCCAAACUGUUGGCCUCCGUAACCAAGGAACACAAUUUCCCAGAAGUUAUUCUACCAACCACAAUUGAAAUGCCUCCAUUAAUGAAGCAGUUUAUUGUGAAGGAUCAUGAAAAGAAGGGUUUAGAGACUAUGAAGGAGUAUGUGAUGCCUCUAAGCUACAACAAGAGCCCCAACCGAGUCCUAAGGAUUGCCGAGCCCGGUGAGCAACCCACCGUCCAGUUUACUAUGGGCCUUGGGAAACCAGUUAGUCCCUCUCUUUAUGAAGGAGUGCAGCUGAAUUAAAACACACAUUUGUUCUGUAUUUAUAGUUUAAUUAAUUAGAUUACAAUUAAAGCUGUUUAAAAAAAUAUUCU